AUGGCGAUCGGACAGCCAGAAGAGACCGAGGCGACCGCCCUACCGCCGUUAAACCCAUUGCAGUCUUUUCACAGUCACAUGUAUUCCACGAGCUCCAACUCUCAGGCACUCAAGCAUACAGACAGCGUGAAGAAUGAGAAAGCCAAAAGAAGAUCGAGUCGUCAGGCUGCUAGUGUCGCCGAGGACGGUAUCAAAAGACGGUCCUCGCGCUUAGGCAUGUUCGGUCUAUUCAACCGACAUAAAAACCCAAAUUUCGACUUCGCAGAGCCAUCUAAAUUGGAUACACAAGUGGAAGGAGAUGAGAAUCGGCAAGACCCACAAAGAGUAGACAGCGAACCGUCAAGUAACAAUCAUCGUGCUUUCGUGCCACCAUCCGAUCCUCAGCCGGUCCAAGAAGCACAAAAGGAUAACCUCCGUCAUCGAGCCUCGAAGCGCGCCUUGGAGACCAAAGAGUCUUUUGCGAAACAAAAGGCCGUGACCUGGGAGCCUCCGCCGCUGUUUCAGGCAUACCCGCAGUCUGUCAAACACGCUGAAUUGCGUGCUCCUACGAUGGCAGCAGAUACAAUUGUACGGCUUAAUCUUGAAAGGCAGAUCGCAAAUACAAAGCAUACCCCUUCCCCAGACAGCUUGAAUAGGGGUAAGAAGCAGAAAGAAAAGAAGCUCAAGAAGGUAUCAGCGCUGGAUUUGUCGAAUAGUCGUGAUUGGACGGACAGAACAUUCGUUCUUGUGACGGAAGGCUAUCUUCUACAGUAUGCUGGUCGUGGAUGUCAUGAUCGGUUACCAGAGAAGAUUCUGCCGCUCGGCAGGGAGUCCGCAGCUUUCGUGACUGAUGCAAUCGCGGGGUGUCCUUUCGUGUUGCAAAUAUCGCAGAUAUCAGGGGACGACGGAUCUAUAAAUCCUGAGAUUUCGAAAGAACUUCUUCGAAAAGCGAAUCUCAAAUCUGAAAUCAAGCGGUCGGCGUCUACAAUCUUGCUUGUUCUGACCUCCCCAGCAGCUAUGAAUGCAUGGCUCGUGGCCGUCAGAAAGGAGAUAGAGGCUUCAGGUGGCAAGGAGUACAAGCCAGACGUUUUUGGUACUGACGGGGUUGAGGAUGAGCGCCUAGAUCCAUCCUUUCCGGACCUUCGCCGAAUUCCAAGUCAAAGAUAUCUUGUAAAGCGAGAGCCCCACAAAUUUACCAAGGACCCUCUUCCUAGCAUGACUUCAGAUGAGUCAAAUGACGACAGAAGACGGUCGCAGGUUCCUAGAGGAUUGGGUUCUUCGAUCAAGAGAUACUCACUUGCAACCCAAGACUCUACGAAUUCUCGGUAUAUGUCAGACACGACAGCUUCAAUUGAUCAGAUUCAUCUCGACAAGCUUAGAGAGUCUCCGCGCCAAUCCUAUGCCUCCGUUGAUGCAAAGACUGCAUCCACAUCUCGAUGCUCCUCCGCGGAGCGUUCCCCCGUUUUGGAACGAUUCGAUCAAAACCUUGAAGCCCGUGCUGUGUCGUCCCGGAAAAACUCAGCCAUCUCCUCCAUUGGCCCAAGUGACCAGAAAAAUCUUCGCGAGGAUGAUCGAAACCUAUCUCAAGCAACGCCGACCCCCUCUUCACCUUCUUGCUCAAGCACGGCCACGCCAACAGCCAUUCGAGCUGCCUCGCCAGCAACUCCAAACUUCAGUGUUCCCACAUUCUCCAAGCGAUACUCGGUAGCGGUCGGCGCCUCGUCGGCGCUGGAACACGUGCGAGCAUCACCUGUGGCGGCGCAGCAAGAUCGUACCACUUCGCCUUCUAGCGAACGACUCGAAAUUGGGCGCUCCAGAAAAUCUCCGUCGACGCAAUUUCGCUCAAGAUCAGCCUCGCGGAUGUCAAAACGAGUGUCCUCCACCACCUCAGAUACCGAUAGGCUGUCGACACCACCAAAAUCAUCUGAUUCAAAUAACCCUCCUUCGUCCUCCGGAAGUGAAGCGUAUUUCUCGAAGCGUUACUCAUCCCUGAACUAUGCACGGGGUAUCUCUCCAAUACCGUUGCCGAGCCAUUCUCCUUCGCCACAUCCUCCACCUACGUCUUCUCUGCCUCCAAUUCCUAGCGCUAAUGAAGCCAGUCGAGCUUCCUUCAGACCGACCCCUAUCACACCAUCUUCGCCCGCCGUUGAGCAAUCGGAGCAGUCUCCAUAUCCCUUAAUGACCGGCGCCAUCCCAGCUCCAAGUACUGUUGCACAGUCCUCAAACAUUGCACUCCACCCUCCUUCUCCGCCCCCACCACUACGAAAAGGGCCCCCUCUAUUGAUGCUGCUUCAGGACGCAGACUACGCCGUCCGAUCAGCAUGCAAGUCCGCGCACGGCCGCCGACGCCUCCUACUUCACAACACGCCUCCGCGACUCAUGUCGCGUCCGCCAAGUUCCCACCUCAGAAUCCACCCGAGGAACAUAAUCAAUCUUCUCCCGUCUUGA